AGACUGUUUGGUCAGGAGAUACAGAUGCGCUUUCCCUGAGAAGUCCGAAGACGUCCAAAAUCGCACACGAAGUAGAGAGUCGUUCUUGAGAAGAAGUAGGUAUCUCUAUGGCAACUCAACGAAAGUGGUAGUAGCACUGGAAUCGAACUAACAACCUGUGUCCGUUUCUACUGCCUCGACGUUCUUGAAGUUUUCCCGAGCAGGGGGUCCACUCGCUCUUUUUCCAAGUAAGUACAUUAACAGUAUGCAAAUCUUCGAGUGGAUCAAAUCAGGGAAGUAAAACACCUUUACUAAUCAUGCGCAAGCAGCAGAACAAUAACAACCCGCACGGCCGGCUCCGCGGGAACAACAACAAUAACAAUGCUGCAACGAACAGUACUCGGGGCGGGACCACGAACACAAAUCAAACUAACACCGGAGGUCAUUUUUACCAGAACAGCUAUGCGGCGUUUCAGCAGCAUUAUCAGCAGCAGGCUGCGUACCAGCACCAAUUCUUUCACCAACAGUUCGGCAACAUGCAUGCGGGGUUUCAAAACGGCGCGGGCAAAGGCGCAGCGGGAGGCAAUAACAAAGGUGCGCCGGGCGGCGGAUUCAUGCCCGGGGCGGCUUUUGGUUUUGGCGGUGCAGUACCGGGAAACAACAAGAAAGGCGGUGCUAAUAAUGCGCAGAACUACCUCCCGUCGUUUUUUGCCUCCCUGAAUUCCUCCCUGCUUCCAGCCCUCCUCGCCAAUGAGCGUUACACCUGGUACGUCCUCGGGUUGGACAAGCUGGGGCAGGACAAGGCGACGAAGGUGAAUAUCACCCUCGCUUUCCGGCAAUUGUCGCUCCAACUCCACCCCGAUCAGCACGUGGGGGAGAAUAAAGACGAGUUUUGGAACUACGAAUUCGGCUUGAUCAACGAGGCCCGGACGAAAAUGGUGGCGAACCUGGAGAAAAAAGGAAUAUCAAUUGCAAAAAUGUCUGGGUCUGGAAACUCGUGAUGCUGGGUGGCGUAUCAUGAGGAGGCCACAAGUGCUGGGUCAGCAUGCCAAGUUUCUGAGUUUCUAGGUGUUGCCUACUCUGCACGACAGACUGCGUUUCUGCAUGACAGAGAAAUGGGGCGCUUGGGUAACGUGCAUGACAGAUUUAAGAGUCAUGCAAGACAAGCAUGACAAACAUGCGCUCUUCCAGACCCAGACACUUUUGCAUUUGAUAAGGGAGGGCGACCGACAAGUACUGGUGUGUCGAAGUGAAGCCGGGCUGGAAAAGACCAGCGUUGGUGGAGAAGUGGGCGAAAAGUGCGACUCCUGUCGCGGGGAAUAAGGACAAGGAUAACGGUGCCACUGGGAACAAUAACAACAAAACUGGGACAGGAGCUGCAGGAGCUCCGGGAGGACGAGGUGGAACCACCGGUGGUCUGCAGCGGAGCAACUCUGCGCCCAUGUUCGAUUCCACGAACCUCAAUAAAGCCGCUGCUGCUGCCGCUGCUGCGAAUCAAGCGAACCAGCAACAGACCAAUCAGAAGCCGUUUCAGCCGCCCCGUCGUUCCCCCCGGGAAGAAAAACAAAAAGCGUCGAACAAGGAGAUUCCCGUGGGUUUGACCCCUCGGUUCCCCGCGAAGGGCGGGAGUAAGAAGCUGUUUGAGGACAGUGGCUUCACCUUCACUUCCAAUGCGGGCGGCGGGAGCACGAGCAGCUCGUCUUCUUCGAGUACCGCCAAGCAGAUGAAUCCACAGAAUGUAGUGGGAGAGAACAAACCUCAGGCGAAUAUCAAAGCUGCAGGGAACAAUUCGUCGAAGCAGCCCUCUCCCGCACAGUCUAGUACCACUUCCAAGCGCGGGACCACGAAAGGUCGAACGAAGAAGACCACCGCCGCCGGCGAGGAAACAAGUCAAAAGGAAACUACAAGCAAGCGGGGACACAAUGUCAAGAAGGGGAAAUCCGGAUUCCAGCCCCUCUCCAUGUCCGCGCUCGAACGGAGACGGAAGGAAGAAGCGAUGCGGUCGCCGAGUUUCAAACAGGUGCAAGAGGAUUACAAGGACAGCAAAAUCAGUUGGGUCAAGAAAGCAGGGACGAAAGCUAGUGCGGGGGAUAAGGACAAAAAUACCGGCGGGGGGAAUAGCAGUGUGCUGAAGCAGAACAACAAAAGUAAUACUUCUGCGAAGACACCGGCGAAGACGGGAGGUAGAGGACAGAAGAAUACUAGUACUACAAGGAAUAACGCAGGUGCGGCACAGGCACAGCAGAAGCAAGCAGAACAGCAGGAAGACGAAAACAUGAACGAUGGUGACAGUACGCCGGAGAUUGUGGGGGUGAAGGAGGGGAGCAAAGGGAGCUUUUUCAGCGUUUUGAACAACCAGAAAAGCAACUUGUUCCAAGGUCGUGGUGCUGCUCCAAGUGGUUCGUCUUCCAGUAGUGCUUCCUCAUCGUCGGCAGCAGGAAUAAGUGAUAGCAAUGUAGUUGUACAGAAAUCCACCACAACUUCCAUGUACCCGUCUCCGAGUCCGAGACCAGUGCAGGAGCAGAGCUUUUCGGACGACAGAAACGCUGCUGCGAGAAGUACUAGUGGUGCAACUCUGUUUCGCAACCAUUCGAACCCGGAGCAGCUAAAAAAGCUUGCCCAGCAGCAAGAGAACAUCUUCAAAGACGGUAUUACAACGAAUCAAGCUGGUGGCACAUCAACAACAUUAACCACAACACUACCAGGAGCUCCUGCGAGGAAGGGCCGCUGGGUGGACAUCUUGUCGGGUGGAACGCAUUUCCUCGGCGAAAAGCUGAUGGGGUUGAGAAAGCACAUUACUCCGGGGGAUCCGCAACUGCCCAGUCCGCGGGACCAGGAAGACGUCGACAUGGCGGCAGGUGGUCAGGAGAAAGGCCGGCUGUACCCGAUAGUGAAAACGCCGAAGCAAAGCGAAGUGAUGAUGCCCUUGUACAGGAAUAAAGACCUAUUGGAUAAUGCUGCUGGUACUGGUAUACCGACUGCUGGGCGGGGUGCAGCGCAGCGAGUGUUGUUUCCGGCGAAAGAGAAGGAGAAGGUGAACCAGGAAAAUAACCAUACUGAAAACGUCGAAAGCAGCACCAACCCAAAACAGCACACCGUCGUCAUUGACUUGGUCGAUUCGAGCAGCCAAGCCGAUAAGAAAUCCGGCGGUUUUGCGCCGAACCGGAGGACGAAAGACGUGGUGGUGAUCGAGGACGAUAGCGAGGUCGUCGAGCUGGAUAGCAGCCAAAACCCCACACCCGCUUCCGAGGCGGGGUCUGCGCACGCAAACUUUCCUGCGCGGGGCGGAACAGCUGGGCAAAAACCUAGAAUACCGGGAUUUCCUGGUGCACAAGCACAACAAGUUGUAGCAGGUCAGGCGACUGGAGGACAGCAGCAAGUCGUCGAUAGCAAUGCAGAAGUAGAACAGGAGCACAAUAAGGACAAACAAGGAGGGAUGGCGAAUUUUGUUUUUGACAGACUCUCCUCGAGCCUUUUUUCGACCUCCGCCCGGAUGUUUGGAGGAUCCUUAGGCACGCCGAGGAACACGACGGUCGACACCUCGAUUGUGGACGACAAUGUGAUCGGCGGGGACAAUAUGCAAGAAAAAAACUGUGUAAGUGUAACUCUGUAAUGCAGAACAUUCAACAGAGUUACACCUGUCAUGCCACACAGCCAUAAAGUCCUUUUUUCAUGUGUAUUUUCCCUUACAAGCCACGCAUGACAGGCUUCAUGUAGAGCAAAUUUGUGAUGCCGUCAGCCAAAGAAAGUUACACUAGCACAGUUUUUUUCUUGGAUAGACAGCACGAUAAAAUUUUACCAAGAGGACCUCAAUCACAGCAAGCUUGUGAAUGACGGCACCGACCCCCACCCGAAGAAACUGCAGAACCUGCGCCGGAUGGGCUCGUCUCUGGAUAACGAAAAUACUAGUAACGCGGGCGCAACUAGUUCUGUCAAGACCAACAUUUUCAAAAGAGGCGGGACGGUUAAUAAUGUUCUUGGAGGUGGUAGCGCACCUGGAGCCGCCGACCAAUCGAACAACAUGGGUGACGCUGCAGCGGACCCAGCGAACAAUAUUAAACGCACAAAAGUCGUGAACACUUUGCUGAUUGGAAAUACAAAUCCGAGCCAGAGUAGAAGUAGAGCCGGCGGCCAAGGUCCUGCACUAAGAAAAACAAUCAGCGCCCUGGGCGUGAUAGACGAGGAGACGCCAUCUUCUGGCGCUGGGAACAACGUCGAAAGCCAGAAAGUGAACGAGUUGUCAUCGGCCACGACACCUUCUUUCGCCGCUCCCAACUUGUUCAUGCCUCGGUCAGGAGGAAACUACAAUAGGGACCUACAGUCGCGAGCAGGAGGCAGUGCUGGAGCAAUUACAUCAGCCUCGGUUCCAAUACCACCACCGGAUCGGGUACAGCAAGUACAACUGAACGCGAACAGUACAACGGGGCUGUUUAGCAACCGUUCGCUCUUCGGCGGGAAACAAGACAACCUGCUCGGACAUAAAGUUUCUGCAUCUACUGCCACCGGUGCAGCAGGAGCUGGAGUGGUGAGCACGACUUGCUCGGAGCAGGAGCCAGAUCACGUAAUGCAGAAGGAGAAGCAGAAACAUCAAAACCACGACCCGCCGCAACCGCAACUCGAUCGGAGGAAAAAUGUUUCUUCGAAGGGAAAGACACUAGACGCGAGCGGCUUGUUCGACGAUCCGGGGCUACUUUUUGCCGGGAUGGUCGGAAAUGAAAGCAGCAGUCUUGAUGCUGUCGGUAGUAAUCUUCUCGCGCCGGGCCCGGGUCGUGCAACUACCGUGACUGGGGAGGUAAGGUCGUCUUCCUCCGCUUCCUCUUCCGCCUCCUCAGCAUCUUCGAGUAGCGGGAUGAACAAUAACCACGACAGCGCAAGAACCUCCAGCAACAAGCAACCCCGCAACAGCACCGUGCUGGCCGCCCCGUUGCAGGACAUCCAACUGGACCGCAGCCAGGCUCCGCUCAGGAAGCGUCGAGCGUCUGUUGUGAACAAUAAUGGGCUUGAGGAAGAGGGUCAUUUGAUGGAGGAAAACAAUCUAGAGAGCGGCUUCACUGGUACCGAAGGCGUCCCACGUAUCAUUUUCGAGCAGCAACCGGCGGGAACAGGGUCGAAAAACGCGGUCGUGCGAACCUCGAACGCAGAGGACAACCCAGGACGAGGACAGGAACUGCAUAAACCAGGACCAAAUUCUCGAAGUUCUCCACCACACCAGAAUCUUUUUCAGGAACAAAAUCCAAGUGGAGGUCCACCACUACGAGGCACGUUUUCAUUGCCCCAGCAAGGAGGACAGCAAAUGGAACGAAACCAGCAUAGCAUUCCUUUUCGUCGAAACUCCACGAACCCGUCCCCCAGGGGGCCCGUCGUGGAUCAUGGCUACAGCAGUCACAACUCAGUUGCUUCGACUGGGACAGCGACGGCAUCAAAUAGCCUACCGAAAAAUCGCUUCAACCGCGCUGCUUUAUCCGGCGGAGCUGCCACGGUGCCCGUGCCACCCCCGGCAGGACAUCUAAGAGGUGCUCCUCCACCUGCGCGGAUACAACAAGUAGGCGGGAAUCCACUGCAACAGGAUGAGCAAGACGUGAUUUUGGAGCAAGCGAGCAAUCUGAAGAAGCGCCGAACCAGUGGGGAAUUCGGUCCUAAGGUUGGAAUGGUCCGGCAAGGAGAGCAGCAGGCGCCCUCGAGGACCUUGAUGUCGGGGGAACAAGCUUCUGGGUUUGUGGUGGACAAAAAUCAUGUCGACAAGAAUGCUCCCCCUUCCACCGGAUUACUGGAGGAACCCCAUCAACAAACGAUGCAUCAAGAACAAAAACGCAGCACCGAGAAGGACAGUAAACCCAACAAAAAAUCUUCUGUGAUCUUCGGCGGCCACAGCGUACAGCCGGAAGACCGGCGGCGGACGGCUAGCAACUCGGUCGACUCCCUGGAGUCUGCGUUCCAGAACGGGAAGAUGAACAAAGAGAUACAAGGUGAUCUUCACGGUGGUUCAACCGCCGGGGGAAAAAAUCAAAAUGCAGGCGGAAGCGGUGCGAACUCGCCGGUAAUGCCGAUGAAGGGACUAGACGACAUUGAGCAGCCGGCAGUAGAGAAAAAUAGAAGCGUCGCGAGCGCAUUUGCCGGAGCGGGGCCAGGAGCGGGAGGUAUUGCAGCAGCGGUAGCCGCAGCCAUGAAUCCUAGACAGCAAGAACAGGCACAGGGGCGAGUACAUGAACCGCCGCCCGCAUACAACAGCUUCCCUCACGGCCAACAACUUCCAGCCCACGAACCAGAGGACGUUUUGUUUCCCAACAUCGUCAGAAGCUCUCCGAUUCCAGGAACCGUUAGUCUAAAGCUCCCGAAGGUGACCUCGAAAGGAACGGCGGCAGAAGUGGAAAAUGUCGAAGUGCAGCGAGGGCAACAGCAGUUUCAAGCCCCUUCCGCCCUACAAGCGCAACAAAACAAGAUUUUUCAAAAGCCGCCUCUAAACAUCAGCUCCGACGACUCGUUUUUCGCUGUGGACCGCGAGCCGCCUUUCGCCCCCACGAAGGCUGGCGUGCCAUCAAACGAACAGAAACAGCAGCAAGUAAACCCAAGUAGCGUUCCUGGUGUACAACAACUUCCCUCCGCACCACCGCAACAAGAAGCUGCCCAACAGCACCAACAGAGCGGUCACGCCCUUCCGCCCUCGGUGAGCGACAACCAAACGCCGCGGCUGUCCACUUUGGGCACCGCGGAACCGGUCAGAAACCUGUUUGGCAGGCCGUCUUUAGCGGCCCCGGCGGGGGGAAACGCCGGCAAUCAACAAGCCGAGCCACCGAGUGAGGAUCUAGAUGUGGAAAUGCUGGAUGCUUCGCUUUCGGAAAACAGCAACAAAAAUGAUGGCCAAAAUGUACUACUGCAAGGUCAAGGUAUUAAAGGUUCUCACGGCUUGAGAUUUUCCGCAAACAACCCACCUCCGGUCUUCAACGUCCCAGCUGUGUCGGAACAAAACAACUACAACGACAACCGAAUGUCGAUGGCAAGUGCCGGCGGGUCCCUGUUCCAGGCCUCCAGUCCGCCCCCGCGGGCCCACGGGAAUUCGGGCGGCGGAACGAUGGGGCUGAUUGGCUGGCAACAGCAGCAGCACCAGCAGCAGAGUACUAGACCUCUCGCGAGUUCCAUCGCUGCCCCGAGUGUAGUAUUAGCAGGAGCUCCUGGAGGAGGUUCUUCUUCUUCUUCCGGUGUAAUUAUCGGCAGCGCAGGAGUUGUUCCUGCAGCUGUGGUUGGAGGGCAGGAGAUCGCUCCUUCGAUGUCGGCCACUUCAUCUUCCGGGGGAAUGUUUACUUCCGUCGCCAGCGGAGCGCCGUCCAACAUGUCGACACAUGCGACCGGGACGGGUCAGGGGACGAGGGAAAAUGCGAGUACCAACAGACCGAAUUCAUCGUCAUCGACCUCCUUCAACACAGAUUUACUGUCGGCCUUAACCGAGGCCGAGGUGCAAGACAACGCACGGCAAAAUGCCAGAGCCGGCGGUUCUUCGCCGGACCAGGAUGCUCAACUUUCAAACCUCUUUUCGGGAGCAAGUUUGGGCGGUUCCAGGUGAGGUUCUUUUGAAUAAUGUGAUUCGACGACGGUUUGUCUGCUCAUGCUCUAGACCGAGUUGCCCGCAGCUCUUGAUGAUGUUGCAACGAAUCGAUAUGAUGCCACUGCAGUAGCUAGCUCAAUCGCAGUUUUCAUAUGUCUUUUUCAAAUCAGGCCCUUGCCACCUGCACCUGCAGCUGCUGCUAUGCCGAAUCUCGGUUCAGCAAACAACCAGCAGCAGCCCUUGAACCAGAAUCAGCCGAGCGCAAUUCUCCCCACGGUCUUACGGUUGGAACAAAUUCGGGAACUCUUCCAGCUGCAGCGAGUUUGCACUUCGGAAACUGUGCAGAACAAAAUCGCGGAGAGCCUGAAACAAGUCAUCGUCACCUUGCGGCAGCGGAAGCACCGCGACGCAAUGUGCUCGGAGUUGUUCCCGGAGCAUGUUGCUGCAGCCGCCGGGGGCACGACGUCCAACAGCCAAAAUAAAGGGAUUGAACACGUGGCGCGCUUGCGGCCGGACGUGUUUCGAUUCUACUCCGACGGGAGAAGGGAAAGGUGCCGGUUGCUGGGGUAGAGAGGAGACGACGAUCUUGAAUGAAGAUCUGUCGUCGUGUUUGGCGAACUUUUGUCAAUGGUGUUUCAACAUCCUGCGACGGAAGAGAACUUGAAUCUGUUACAACCUCAAAGAGGGCAGUCGUGGACGAACGCCGCAAGAAAUCUAGCGAGGGACGACAAUGGAUUGCUCACUGUACGUAUUUCCAGUAUAAAGGUGAAGUAGAGGAUGAAAAACCACGAUCG